AAUAAUCAUAUUUGUAAGGAUUUGCACGAAUGCGCAUUUUUAUGUUUAAAAUUAAUGAACGCUUGAUUCGGAUUUUUCAGUUAUUUAGGCCGGGCCUAUAAACUAAUCUAAGGUAAAGAAAAUCAGUCCAAACUAACCAUGUGAACUCAAGAACGGCGAUGAGACAAUUUCCCAACUACCAUUUCAUGCUGCAAAGAUAUACAUCCGCUUUAGGCCAGUCACUAAUAUGUGGAUAAUUAGAGCUAUUUGUUCCUUAAACUUGUACAGGUAUUUAAACCAUUUUCAUAGUAUAAACCACUAAAAAUGCAGACUUAAAAAAACAUGCCAUAAAGAGAUAUGAUAUGCAAAUAUUAAUUUGCUUUAAUAAAUAGUCAUCUCUGACAUUUCUCAAAACUAUAUUUUUUUCAUGUUUUUUUUCUCGCACUAGUAUUAACGCGCUUUUUUUGUAAUAUCCCAAACCCCCUAAGCGAGAGUCUAUGAUAUAGUUUAAUUCAAACUAGAAAAAAAUAAAUACGCGAGAUCAGCUAUUAACAAAGACAUUUUUAAAGUCAGGUUAAAUUAUAUAUAAAGAUGUAUUAUAAACCCAUACUGUUAAGACUCUAUAGAUAUAAAUAAAGUAUCAAAGCACAAAAUUUAUUAUACAGCUAACUGUCACAAUCAUUUAUCAUUACAAAUUAUUAUUUUGCUGUUAAAAAGUGUACGUUUUUUUGUAUACCUUUUAUAAAGAAGAUUAUUUAGUUCUUUAUUGAAAGUUUGUAUCCCAAUAUUUCGAGUGUACCUGUUAUUGAACUGAAGUAUAUUUGCUUUAACUUAACAACUAUACGCGUCUUUCAAUUGUGCAUUAUUGAAGUGUCUUACUUUAAAAAAAGAAAUAUUUUAGAUAGGAGUUAUUCACACGAAAUUUAUGACCCACAUGAUGUUCAGGAAUCCAUUUCUUUCGGAUAGCUUCGGACCGGACUAUGAGUCUCCCAUGUCACGCGGUUUUAAUUUAAAUGGAGCAGUUCUACACAAUUCGCCAAGGCUUUUCAGCCGCGGUGGUUCAAGCCUUCCGAGAUGGUUAAACUUUAAGACAGCCAAGAAUGGAACGUCACAAAAUCUGAAAGCGGAAGCUCAUGUUUCGACUAAAGUUGAAACGGUUGAGACCCAAGUUAAGGAAACGGUUGAGACACAAGUUAAGAAAAUUCCAAGUUACGUGCGGAGCAAUUCAAACAGAUCAAGUAAAUCUUCGACCUCUUCAAAUAACUUACAAAGGAAAGUAGAAGAGCAGCAACUAAAAACGAAAACUGAAGAAUGGAAGAAACAACGAACGUACGAAAGUGUACGGAAACGAAGACAUUUGAGGACGAAACAGAUGAACUGGAAGUUGCGGAUAGUAAGACGCUUCUAUGUGCCAUCGGUGUUCUGUUUAUUGAUGGGAACUGUCGGUAUUUUCUGUUCAACAGUCCGGAGCUUGGGUGAAGGCACAAUGUUCUGGACUUAUAAAGAACAGUUUAGAAUAAUUGGAUUAAUAGUAACUGUAGCUGGCGUGUUAUUUUUACUAAUUACUGUCGGUGUGGAAAGUCAGAUUGCACAAAAAAUGAAGAAAAAGGGAAUUCGUGAAGCCGAUCCUUUUAUUCAUCCCGAUUUUCUGAAAGAGCCGAGUCACAUAGAACGACAGAUAUCGAAACAGUCAUCUUCAUGUUCAUUUGAUAUAUAACGUUUCCUUUGUUAGACUUCAAUCAUCCAGACACAACAUAGGUCACAUUACGCAUUUCCAGCAUCGCAUUGAUCUUUCGGAUGUUUUAACAAGCACACGCUGAAAAGCUUUCAAAUUUCAGUGUGCUCAUAUCCUGUCAGUACCUUUAGUUUGCAACAACAAACUGAUUAGUUCUAACGAGAGUUCGAAAGCUAUCUAGUGAAAUAGAUAUAUCCGGGUUCUAUACUAUAUUGAGGAAGUAUUAAAGGGAGAAAUCCAAUCAAAGUGAAUGAACCCCGAACAAGAGAUAAAAGACUUAGUGUUUCUCUUUAAAAGCUGAACAUGUUUGAGAUUAACAGUACAACACACACAUAAAAUUAUGUCUGUCAGAAUUUUCUACAAAAUAUACUGUUAUCUAAAUAAAACAAAAAUUGGCCGCAACGUUUAUAUCUUUAGCAGCGUUUUUAUUAUACAUACAUGUAAUACCUAUUAUAUUUUUGUGUGCUGAUUUGGGAAAGGUUUCCUGAUACUAGCUGUAGUUCCGAUUCUUCAUGAAAUUUGAAAAAAUCUAGACAGACCGAACAAAAAUACCAACUUUUGCUAAAGAUAGACUAAGUUUGGACAAAAAACAAGAAUUUUGGAUGUAAAGGCUAACAUAUAAGGUCUAAGCUCUUUGGAGCUCUAUCUUUAGAACAUUCAAAAUGGCCGCCAUUUAAAAAAAUCGUCAUUUCAGUAAAAGUUUCAUCUUAUUCUUGAUACAUAUUCAUGAAAAAAAUAGAUUCAUACCUAGCCCUAGGGUCAGGUGAUGCAUUUGCAUGCAGUGAUGUCAAUUCAUAUAUUAGUCUGUCUGUACAUCUGUCCGUCCGUACGUCAAAAUGCCUUCUUUCUUUAAACAAUAUAUUUGUGCGUAUAACUAUAAUAGAUGAAUCCCGUAAUGCGCAACUUGACUUUAAUUCUGUAUUAGUAUCCAGGAAAUGAAUAUGUCUGACUAACCUUUGGGGAUAUAUUAUUUUUUUCCGUCCGUCUGUCCGUUCUUUCG